AUGACGAGCGACAUUGCAAUCUACGAGUCCGACUAUCCAAACCCCUUCCUGCCCGAGAUUGGGCUGUUCGACUAUCUCUUCCCCUCGGCGCAGGGAAUCUCGCUGCACAAUCCCGCCUCGCUCUCCGAUGACAGCGUGGCAUUCAUCGAGGGCCACAAUGGGCGACAGCUGAAGCGCGGCGAGCUGCGCGACAGGGCGCUCGGGCUCAAGACGGGGCUCAACGCCAUGGGCGUCGGGCGCGGCAACGUUGGAUGUCUCUGGGGCCUGAACGGCCUCGAGUGGAUCAUUGCCGCGUAUGGCCUCCUCGCUGCCGGCGUCACAGUCACGCCGGCCAACGCGAGCUACGAUGUGCACGAGAUUGCGCACCAAGUCAACGACUCGGGCGCCAAUGUCGUCUUUGUGUCGCCCGAAAACCUGCCCCAGCUCGUCAAGGCGCGCGAGCAGUUCAAGUCUCCCAUGCCCGACUCGCGCAUCAUUAUUCUCGACACCAAGGGAAAGGAUGGAUUCAAGAGCCUGUACGACCACGUCGGUGCGCCGUCGGAAGCCGAGCACUUUGACGGUCUCGAGUCACGCGCGACUGCCGUGCUCUGCUACAGCUCGGGCACGACUGGUCUGCCCAAGGGCGUCAUGACGACGCACUACAAUCUCACGUCGCAAAUCCUCGCCUCGCAGCCGCUGUACCCCAAGUUUGACCUGCCGCAAGACUCAAUGCUCGGCUUCCUCCCCAUGUCGCACAUUUACGGCUGGAUCGCUCUCCUGAUUCAGCCGCUGACGAUUGGGCUGCGCACAAUCAUUCUACCCCGCUUUGACGAGAUCCAGUUCCUCUCCUGCGUGCAAAAGUACCGCUGCACGCACAGCCUGUUCGUCCCGCCCAUCGUGCUGCUGCUCGUGCACUCGCAAAACGUGCCAAGGUACGACCUCUCGUCUUUGCGCAUUGUUUCCUGCGGCGCGGCCCCGCUCAGCGGCGACCUCAUCGACGCCUUCAAGAAGCGCUUCCCCCAGUGCACCAUCUCGCAGAGCUACGGCAUGACCGAGACGAGUCCCGGCAUUUUCCUCGCGCCGACCGAGGACGCGGCAGCCGGCCACCUCGGCAUUGGCCGCCUGUGCCCGACGUACCAGGCGCGUCUUGUCCGGUCAGACGGCACGGACGCGCCCGUCGGCGAGCGCGGCGAACUCUGGGUCCGCGGUCCAUGUGUCAUGAAGGGGUACCACCGGAACGAGGCCGCGACGCGGGGGACAAUGGAGCCGGGCGGCUGGCUGCGAACGGGCGACGUGCUCGUGCGCGGCGAGGAUGGGCUGUGGGCCGUCGUCGACCGCGUCAAGGAGCUCAUCAAAUACAAGGGCUUCCAGGUCGCGCCGGCCGAGCUCGAAGGCAUCCUGCUCCAGCACCCGGCGGUGAUUGAUGCCGGCGUCGUGGGCGUCCAGGACGACAGUCAGGCAACCGAGCUCCCCCGCGCCUACAUUGUCACAACGUCCAAGGAGGACCCGGCCACGGUGGCCAAGGACGUGCAGGCGUGGGUUGCAGCCAGGGUCGCGCACCACAAGGCGCUCCGUGGCGGCGUGCUCGUCAUUGACGCCAUUCCCAAGAGCCCCUCGGGCAAGAUUCUCCGCAACAUUCUCCGUGCGCGUGCAAAGGAGGAGUUCAAGCCCGCAGGCAAGCUGUAG